GGUGUUCGUGUAAUCACAGAGCGGGCCACUGAUGGGGCCCUGCCAGGAGAAGACUGGACCCUUAACAUGGAGAUUUGUGACAUCGUUAGUGAGACCGAGGAUGGCCCCAAAGAUGCCAUCAGGGCCAUCAGGAAGAAACUGUCUGGAAACAAGAAUUUUCGGGAGGUCAUGCUGACACUAACGGUGCUGGAGACGUGCGUGAAGAACUGCGGCCACCGCUUCCACACGCUGGUGGCUCAGCGCGACUUUGUGGAUGGAGUCCUCGUCAAGGUGGUGCAGCCCAAGAACAACCCUCCCGCAUUGGUGCAGGACAAGGUGCUCAGCCUCAUACAGGCUUGGGCGGACGCGUUCCGGAGCUCGCCGGACCUCACCGGUGUCGUGCACGUGUACGAGGAGCUCAAGAAGAAGGGGAUCGAGUUCCCCUCCAGCACCACAGAGACCCUGUCGCCCAUACACACUCCUCAGAGGAGCGUGCGCAUCAAAGCGCCGACGGAGCUCAACAACGCGCAGGCAGGCGCGCCGAGGCCCGUGGUGCACGCCCCGCUCCCCGCGCAGACCCGGCCCCAGCCCACCGGCGCCCCCAGCCCCCUCUACGCCAACGCCAACCACAACUUCCAGGCGAACCCCGCGACGAUGGAGGCCGCUGGCGGUGGCAUCCCCACCGUGCCCCAGCCCCAGCCUGACGGAAGCAUCACCCCCACACCCGAGCAGAUCUCAAAGUUGCGGGCCGAGCUGGAAGUUGUUCAGGGGAACAUCAAGGUGAUGUCGGAAAUGCUGAACGAGGUCGUGCCGGGCCAGGAGAACUCCUCCGACCUGGAGCUUCUACAGGAGCUCAACGGGACGUGCCGCACCAUGCAGCGCCGCGUCAUGGAGCUCAUUUCGCGCGUGGCCAGCGAACCGAUCACGGAGGAGCUGCUCCUCGUCAACGACGACCUCAACAAUGUGUUCCUGCGCUAUGAUCGGUUCGAAAGGUAUCGCGCGGGCAGAGCUCCUCAGAACGUGGCGCGCGACUCGGGGGAGGCCGCCCUCUACUCGACGGUUUUACGAAACGCUGCCUCCCCGCUGCCGGACGCUGCCGACGACAACCUCAUCGACCUUGGGCCCGGCUCCCCGUCCGUCAUGACGGGGUCUCGUGGCAGCGGCAACCUCUCCUCACAGCUCGCCGGCAUGGGCCUGGCCGGGGAGAGCGUGAGCGGCACCCUCACGUCGCUGGGCGGGGAACGCAUCGCAAGCGGCAGGGCCCAGGCACUGCAGAAUGCGCCGGACAGCUUCCCUCGCAGAGAAUUGGUUCACGGCGAGCACGAGGAAGACCCCGCGAUCGCUGCCAUGCUCCCCGAAACACACGACCAGAUAGACACCUGGCUCGCGCGACAAGGCAUGAUUCCCAUCUCCCAGCCCGGGGUCAUGGACGACAUUGAACAGUGGUUAAACACCGAUGUGUCGGAGGAGAAAGAAGGAGUCACGAGUGAAGAGUUCGACAAGUUCCUGGAGGAGCGGGCUCGAGUCGCCGACCAGCUACCGGACUUGCCCUCGCCACCGUCAGCCGCCCCCUCGCGGCCCGAGCCGCCCGCCGCCACCGCCGUCGCUGCUGCCGCCCGCGCGCCAACACAAAACCGCGCCCGCAAGCAGAAUUCCGACGACGGUUUAAUGGCAAUUUAAGUUAAUUUGUUUGAUCGCUUCCUCGUCAUUUUAAAAAUAAAACGUUUAAUCUCCAUUAGCAGUCUUCGCUCGCUUGCGUGCGCAUAUUUAUGCUCUACACUCUUAACUGUAAUUUUAGUUACUUUCGCCGUAUUUCAUUUUGAAAUCUCACCAGGCGUCUUGAUAAUUUUAAAAAGUUUGAUUUUGUACUUACCAUUUUAUUUUUUUAUUUCAUGCAGCGGUGGCGGAUCACACCAGCCGGCUGGCCUGAUUGCUGUAGCUUCUCUUGAUGCUGUGGCCUAGAGCAGCUGCAGGCUGCAUGCUGCACCCCGCUUUUGCGGCAAUGCCACGUGGUCCCAGAGCGACGGCUCACUAUCGAAACUAAGCUCCCCCCCUGCCCGCCCACAAUUGACAUUCAUUUGCAGCCAUAGGGCAAGCUCACUUGCAGCAAGGGAGUGCAUGAGAAUUCGUAACCAUCCCACCAGUUGGCAAUGUUGUGUCAACAAUGCAAUUCUGGGUCUUGAGUGAUGUUGAUAGUGUACUUUAUAUAUGUGUUAUAUUAUUUGUGUCCAUUUCCAUCGUCCCCUUUAGGUUUGAUUCUUAAAAACUCCAACUUUAACUUUGUGUUGUUGUGCUUGAAAGCUAUAAUCUGCAAAUAAGUGCUCUGAUGUAAUUGAAAUGAAAAGCAUUAUAAUGAGUGCACUAAUCCCAUUAAGCAUUACCUGAAGACAUGUUUUUUAGUUUCUGACGAAAUGGUUUCCUGUGUGUGUAUCAAAGCUUGCAUGUGCUGUGGUGCUGUAACUUGGACACUGGGUAACAGGGCAGACGCAUGAUCCAUUUACUGGUGAGUUGGCUUUAGGACCCAUAGAGGAUGAGGUGAAAACUGCCCAAGUGACGGCUCUUCCAAAUUGUGAACAUUAUGCCAUGGAUUUACUCCAAUGGCAAAACAAUUGUGUGUUGGUUUGCAGUGCUCAGUUAUGUUGGAUGUUUUAAAUUAUUUAUGCUUUAUUGUACAAACUAACAGGUCAGCAUUGAAUUCGGUUACCAAAACGGUACAGUGUGAGAACUUUUAUGAGGCUGGAAUAUCUACGGCAAAUGCACGCCCGUAUUAUUUUUGCUAUCCAGCCGAUAUUUGGGACCUCGUGAUAUCAGCACGGGGCCACUGUGUGCAUGAGUUCUGGCUCUAAUCUCUUUGAAUAAAAUGAAAGUUUUGCCAUUGGAGUACAAUGCUAUGGAGACAUGUCGACCUGGUGUUUGGCCAGUAAAGCUCACUACCCCCACCGCGCACACCUGUAGCAGUCCACACUCGCUCCCAUACUCGCCAUUGAGCUCGUGAACAGGUGUGUGGCCAGCACCUGCAGAAACGGGAUCCGUGUUUGACGGCCGAAGGCAGGCUUAAUGGUUAAUGAGCGUGGUCUUAGCCCCGCGCGUUGUGAUUGGUGGAACGUGGUCACCGAGGCCACAGCGCCGGAGAAACACGAGCACGGCACCGCAGGGCACACAGCCUCGUGUCACCUUGGUCACAUUUCGUCGUCGUCGUCGUCGCCGCGAUCUGGACACUUUAGACCCCGCGAAAGGGUCUCGAUUUCUGAAUUGUCAGUUCGGAAAAUGUCGGUGGGGGUCGGGGGAAAAGUAUUAUGGAAUCUUUCGUUCUAAGGUUGAUUCAUUACUCUAAAUUGUAUUCAGGGUGUUAUUUCAGUCUUAAUUACCCGAUGGCUGGACAAUAGACAUCUGGGUACAGCCGUCUUUGUAAAACUGUAUCGUGUGUUAGCUGGCGAGCAGAAGAUGAACGUUUCACCUGUCGUAGAAACACUUGAGUCAUCUUGAAUAAUCCCUGCCAAACAGGGUGAUGCGAAGUUCCUACCAUGAAAUAUACUGUAUGAUAUGAAAUGAAUGUGGCAUUUUGAGGUUUGUAGGUCGUCUUUUUUUUGCUGUAUAAAAACAAAGAUUUAUUUUUGAAUUGCAUGAUUACGUUGCCGUCGUGUAAACAAGAGAGUGAUGACAUUUUUUUUUUGAGGGAUAGAAUUAACACGUGGCGUGACAACGCGGAGUGCCCUGUCUCUCCUGAAACGCCACAGAAGUCACCCGUGGCUUCGGAUGUCUUGAAAGGGUCUCCCACUGUCGCCCGCCUGCCCGCACGCUCCUCCUAAGACGUCUCGGCCGAGUGACGGGUCCCUUGCACGUCGCCGACCUUUAACCUCGACGCCGCCUGUCGCCGAUUUGGUUUUUAUGCUUCGGUUGAACGCAAGAAACAUAAAAUAAAAACUGGGCUCGUUGAAAAUGACAAAAAAAAGCAAGUUGUGCAAGUCUUCCUUUUACACGGUCCGUCAUGUGCUCAUGCGGCUGUCUUUUUUUCGUUUGCCAAAGGCGGUCGCUGUCGUCGGUACGUCGCACUGCGAGCCCAGCACCACGAGUCUCUCACUCGCAGCCGCAAGCUGAUGAGAGACACCGACGAGCAAAGCAAUCCGCGUCUGUUGCCCAGCCACGUGGCCCUCCUCCUGUGUCGGUAUAAUUCCAAGCAUGCGUCCCCUCCAUGCUCUCGUCAUCGUCACGCUCAAUCCACUGUUACAUGAAAAUAAAAAUGCCUCUUAAUAUACUUGC